CCAGCAUUCUUACCCUGAGACUCCAGAUCCUUUUUACUGUUAUGUAACUUAGCUGAUCUUAAUCUUCCUAAACAGCAAAAUUACAGAAAAUGAAUAAUUCCCGUUUGCAGUUCAGUUUCCUCUGCAUUUACAUGCUAUGUGCUGCUGGCAUAAUUACCUUUGCAGAUGGCUGGUGGGAUACCACAGGAAAUGAAUUCAUCACUACAUUUAUGCAAAAUUAUAAAGCAUCAUAUGGCCCAGCAUCCUUCCAGCUCAUGAUCAGAGCCUCAGAAUCUUCAGCAUUUGCUAGUGUCAAAGUAUACAACACAGAUUUUGAAGUUAUCCUAUCACUGCAACAGUAUCAGACAAUGAAUGUCCAAAUUCCUGCCUCAGCGGAGCUCUCUGGUUCUAGUAAUUUUAAUUCCAAAACUGUUGUAAUUACUUCUACUCAGCCUGUCAGUGUAUUUUCCAUCAACUACAAGCCUUACACAGCAGAUUCUUCAGUUAUUUUCCCAUUGCAGGUUCUUGGCACUGAAUACUAUGUAUUCACCCCUCUUGGACGUUAUGGUUCUCCACAGUUUGCUGUUACUAACAGUAAUCACACUAAUAAUGUCUUGAUUACCCUGACAGGCUCAGUCACUUACAAUGGAAAUUAUUAUCAAUCUGGAGACACUAUCAGUUUGAAUCUGUCUCCUUUUGAAACAGUUCAACUGCAAAGUGCUGCCAGUUUGAGUGGUACGAGAAUUCAGUCUCAGUAUCCAGUUGCUGUUUUAUCUGGAAAUAACUGUUACACUUACCACACAUACUGUGACAUUGUAUUUGAACAGCUACUUCCUGUUAAAGAAUGGGGUACAGAAUCUGUUAUAAGUUCUCUACCAGGGAGAAACUUUGAAGACACGAUCACCAUAAUUGCUUCUCAAACAACGGAUAUAUUUACUAACAGUGGAGAUAAAAGUAACAAAAUAGUCCUACAUGAAGGGGGCAUUUUAUCACUUAGUCUUCCCCCGACUUCCUUCCUAGAGAUAAAUGCAACAAAUGGUAUAAUGGUAAUAUUUACAUUCACAGGAGGGAUGCUUUAUAACAUAGAAUCUGACCCAUUCAUAAUGAAUGUCAUUCCACUUGAAAUUUUUUCUGAUUCAUAUAUUUUACAUACACAAAACAACUUUGCAAACUUCAUCCAUAUUAUAGCUAAAGAAUCAGUAAAACAUGAUAUUCUGCUUGAUGAUCAGCCUUUGCCAAAUGACCUAAUAUGGAAUAGUAUCAGUACGACGGAAUAUGUCUGGGCAGAUAUUCCUAUAGAGGGAACAAGUACAGCUCAUACUGUCAAAAACUGUUCAGCCUGCGGAGUCUAUAUAUGUGGAGCUGAGUAUGGUAUCAGCCUUGGAACAAUUGCAUUACCAGUAAAAAUUGUUAAUCCUGUUGAAAACCUGAAAGCCAGCGUCUUCAAAGGAGCGUCUGUUAAUGUCACAUGGUCAUCACCGACUAAAGGAGAAGUGGGUUACUACUAUGUACAGCUGAUUGGGAGUCCAUCACAGAAUGCGAUAGUUACCAAAGAGAAUGCUGUUUUUACAGGACUCAUGCCGCCAAACACCUACACUGUCAUUGUCGAAGCUGUAGACAAAUACAAAAUCACCAAAAGUAUACCAAAAUCCACAACAUUUUUCUGUUCUAUACCUACUAACUGGUGCUUAUCUAGGCCCUCAAAAAAGUGUUGCCCCAAAGCUGAUACGUCCUGCAGAUCAAUAGACAGAAAAUGUUUUUGUGAUGAAAAAUGCAAGGUUUAUGGUAACUGCUGUGAUGAUUACAGCAUGCUAUGCAAGGGGACUCCUUGAUAAUUUGGAAAGAUGAAGAUCAGCAUGAAAACCUGGAUGCAAGUCUUGCGAUACCUAAAGAUUUAGUAAAGAUAUUAACAAAAUUAUGUAGUACUGUACGUCUAGAGAAUUAAUCACUUCAUACUAUAUAAUAUUAGUUAUGUAGUAUGAGAAACAGCAUAUGAUUCAUUUUGAUUGCUCAUAAAAAGAGUUUCUUGCCUUCCUAUAUUAUCCUAAUUAUGAAUGUCUAUAAUACUGCAAGUUUAUGUUGAACUUAUCUCCUUAAUUAGAGUGUUCUGUAUACUGGAAAGUUGGAUCUAACACCUAAGACAAACAGAGAAAGAAAGUGAUCUUAAAUGUGUCCAUUCUUCUUAUUUCAUAUAUUGCAGGGGCUCUUUUCAAUUAAUUUCAUUUAAUUGAUUCAUAGCCAUAUAAAAUAUCAGAUUUACCCAAAGACACAGAAAGGUACAUGGCAUUCCAAAGAUACAAAGUUUUCAGUCUGCACUACUUUGAUGAAAGAUACAGAGUCAGAAACAGAAGGAAACAUAGGAUGCAUAACUUUUUGUAUGGCUAAACCCAUGCACUCAAUCAGUACCCAUUCUUAAUAUAACUAACAGUAUACUUAGGUUAGCACCACUCAGUAACACACAUACCGUGCUACCUAUUACACUGGCUAGUAGAGUGGAAGUGUUAUAACUACUGGUCAUAUAUUUGGACA